AAGAUGGCGGACGAGGAGCCUAUUUUGGUUGAUGGCAAAACAUUGAACGAAUUAAGGGUAGUUGACUUAAAAAAGGAACUAGAUGCACGACAUCUUUCAAAGAGUGGUAGCAAGCAGCAACUAAUAACACGCUUAAAAGCAGUAAGUCGGGUAUUUCUAAAGCUUUAA